CACACUAUCGCAUUGUAUCGAUUCGAAGCCGAAAUUUUGCGAGUAUUUGAAGCGCUAAAAUGCGUAAAAAAUCGGAGGAGGGUGAAUGAAAGAGCUCCUUCGGGAUCAGGACAAAAGCUAGAAAUAUGGAAAUACCUAUACAAGUUGCCGUGCGCAUUUUCCCGCACAGUGAGCUUAAAGUUUUAAAAGAGAAUUGUGCCCCAACAGAGCUGAAAAAGGAUGUAAAGGCGGAAAAUAAGGGGGCGGACACCAAGGACACUGCGGAUCAAGUUGCGGAGGCCAAGGAGGACAGCACUGCGCUGAGGGAUCAGAAUGGGAAUGCGGAGGAGAGUGCUAUCGAUCCGAAAGAAAAUACGGACGCCAACGGCAACGGUAACGGACCAAAAGAUGCUCCAAACACCCGAUAUUGUGUACAGGCAAUUCCUAUCAGCGCCUCAGCCCUAGGAUUGCCCAGUGCUUUGCCGGGCGGCGAUCCAAUGGAAAGCAUCGCGGCUGGACUCAUACAAGUGGGUCCUCACACUGUGCCCGUCACCCACGCCCUGGGCAGCAGCACCUCUCAGGAGCAGGUGUACCACCAGACCGUAUUUCCGUUGAUCACCCUCUUUCUGGAGGGGUUUGACGCAUCCGUGGUAACUUACGGCCAGCGCGGCCAAGGCAAGAGUUACACCUUCUACGGAAAUGUCGAUGAGAGCAACCAAUCAGAGGGGGCCACCGAAGGAGUCGUCCAUCUGUGCGUCCGGGACAUCUUUGCUCACAUAUCUUCGCACCCAGAACGCACCUAUGCCGUUAACGUUGGAUUCGUGGAAAUCUGCGGAGGGGAAGUCUGCGACUUGUUGGGCAUGGGCAACAUACACUGCACCAACGCAGAAGCCGUCUUUCGCUGGCUGCAGACGGGAUUAUCGGCCCGCCAAUUGUUGCCUGCACACACGCUUUUCACGCUCACCCUGGAGCAGCAGUGGGUGUCCAAGGAGGGACUCCUGCAGCAUCGCUUGUCGACGGCGAGCUUUUCGGACCUAUGGGGAACAGAACGCUGUGGCGAACCACCCCCCGGACGACCACGUGAUGCGGGCUUGCAUAUGUUGGAGCAGGUCGUCAGCACUCUCACGGAUCCUGGCCUGAUGUACGGGGUCAAUGGCAACAUUCCGUAUGGCCAAACCACUCUCACGACUUUGCUAAAGGAUUCGUUCGGUGGACGAGCUCAGACACUCGUUAUCCUGUGCGUUUCGCCCUUAGAGGAGAAUCUGUCUGAGACCCUGGGCAACUUGCAGUUUGCCUUUAAGGUGCAAUGCGUGCGGAAUUAUGUGAUUAUGAACACGUACUCAGACGACAACACACUUAUCGUCCGGCCUCCUGAGGAGCUUCCAAUUUCCAACCCUGCAGCUGGACCUUUAGCGCAGGCGGGGCCGGGCGACAAUUUUGGCUUGCAGUUUGCGGCCAGUCAGUGGUCAAAGCUAGUGACAAACGCUGAAGGAUUGUUUGCCAAGCUAAUGGACUCCAAGCUUAUCAGUGAACUCGAGAAGGAGCAGAUCGCGGAGUGGCUCUACCUCAAACAAGAAUGCGAAGAGUGUCUCAGCUCAACAGAGGCAAUGCGCCAGCAUAAGCAUCUAGUUCCAAUUCAAGAGGCAGAAGAGCCAGAGGAUAUCAACUCGGAAGCGGCUAAUUCUGACCCAGGGAACUCAGAGCCAGCCAACUCAGAGCCGCCAAACUCCGACAAUGAAAAUGACACUGACAAUGAGUCGCAGCGGCCUGAUCUGGACGAUAAAGUAGAGGGAUUAAUGGAAGAGUUUCGCGAUAAGACGGACGCGCUUAUCCUGGAAAAGCACGCAGAUUAUCUGUCUAAACAUCCAAAAGCGGUUAUGCAGAGCCAGGAUCGUGAGAUCGAGCCACAGCCGCCAGCGGAGAACGGAGAGGAUCGUAAGACUAGUAUUGGUGGACGGAGGAGAAGCAUUCAACCGGGAGUUAGCUUAAGUACUGCCGAACUAGCCAUGCUUAAUCGAGUAGCUUCUCAAAAUCCGCCACCCGCCAUCGAUCCGGAGUCGAUUGUGGAUCCACUGGAAAGUUCCUCGGGAGAGGGUCUCCGCCAGGCAGCUCUGGCCGCCGCCGCCGCGAAUGCUCCCAUCGAGCAGCUGCAGAAAAAGCUUCGUAAGUUGGUGGCUGAGAUCGAAGGAAAACAGCGUCAAUUGCGGGAAAUAGAACAGACGAUUCAGGUAAAACAAAACAUCAUCGGUGAAUUGGUUAAGAACAGCGACACGCGCAGCCACGUCAAGCAAAGGUUUCACAAGAAGCGGUCAAAGUUGGAGGCCGAGUGCGACAAGGCCAAGAAGCAGCUGGGAAAGGCGCUGGUGCAAGGACGGGAGCAGUCGGAAAUCGAACGGUGGACCGCAAUAAUCGCGCACCUUGAGCGGCGAUUAGAAGACCUAAGCUCAAUUAAGCAUAUUGCCGGAGAAAGCGGCCAGAAGGUGAAGAAGCUUCAGCAAUCGGUGGGCGAGUCACGAAAGCAGGCCGAUGAAUUGGAGAAAAGGCUCCGCAAGGAGGGAAAAUUGCGCGAUCAACUGGAGGCAGAGCUGGCCAAGCUGCGGGAAUCCCGGGACGCUGGCAAAGAGUUGGUAAAGACCCAGGCGGAAUCACCAGAGCAUCAUGGACGGCAGUUAAAGGCGGUUCAGGCCAGAAUCACGCACCUUAAUCAUAUUCUGCGUGAAAAGUCGGAUAACCUGGAGGAGCAGCCGGGGCCAGCCCAGCAAGAGAGUUUGCGUCACGAGAUCCGUAACCUGCGCGGCACACGCGACUUGCUGCUGGAGGAGCGUUGCCAUCUAGAUCGGAAGCUCAAGCGGGACAAGGUGCUGACUCAAAAGGAGGAGCGUAAGUUGCUUGAGUGCGACGAGGCCAUCGAGGCCAUAGACGCGGCCAUUGAAUUCAAGAAUGAGAUGAUCACGGGCCACCGCUCUAUCGACACCAGCGACCGAAUACAGCGGGAGAAAGGAGAGCAGAUGUUAAUGGCUCGUUUGAAUCGGCUUUCGACAGAGGAGAUGCGCACGCUGCUGUACAAGUACUUCACCAAGGUGAUCGAUCUGCGAGACUCCUCGCGAAAGCUGGAGCUGCAGUUGGUGCAGUUGGAGCGCGAGCGGGAUGCCUGGGAGUGGAAGGAACGCGUCUUGUCGAACGCCGUGCGCCAGGCCAGACUCGAAGGCGAACGGAACGCCGUGCUGCUGCAACGCCAGCACGAGAUGAAGCUAACGCUGAUGCUGCGCCACAUGGCCGAGGAAACGUCUGCCAGUUCGGCGAGUUUUGGAGAGCGAGCUUUGGCCACUGCUUCUUCGCCAGCGCAGGCUAGUAGUGAUUUCGACUACGACGAUUUCUACAAAGCAGCCGGCAGCAAUCCCGGCAAGGCGCUGGUCAAGGCGCCUAAGCCGCUGCCCACUGGCUCGGCACUAGACAAGUACAAGGACAAGGAGCAACGCAGUGGACGCAACAUCUUCGCCAAGUUCCACGUGCUCACCCGAUACGCCUCAGCUGCUGCAGCCGGUUCGUCAGGCUCCACGGCCGAAGAAUCCACUGCUUUGAUUGAGUCAACCACCACGGCCACGGCAACGACCACCACCACGACUACAACUGGAGCUGUGGGAAAAGUCAAGGAUAAGGCCCUGGUUAGUUUUAGGCCAGAGCAGCUGAAGCGGUUGAUGCCAGCGCCGGCGGCCACGAAGGUGACGCGGCAGAAGAACAAGAUAAUCAUCCAGGACGCCAGUCGUCGUAAUUAAACACGAAUUUAACCAUUUCCAGGGCGCUUAUAUCAGGUUAAGCUAAAAAGCCAUAGGCCAUGCAAAGCCAUUAAUCGAGAACCAGGUGCCACUAAGCCAAAAGCGACAUUUGUAAAAGUAAUGUUUUCUUCUCGUUAAAAACACGGAAGGAGGUGUUUUUGGUUUUAAACGAUCGUGAAAGAUUCGUGGUAACAAAAAAUUAGAAUUCAGCUUUAAAACCAAAUACUCAUAUUUAUAUAACACUGGAUUUAGCAACAACCAAGAGUAAAGGAAACCUCCAAAACUUUAUUAUUUAUACAAUUGUCGCUUACGGUAUUUUUGGGGCUAGGAACUCGAUGUUUUUUUACAAGGCACUCGUGCUGAACAAGCUUCGUCCACAGUUACACAAAUAGACUCGACACGGUUCUCAUUCUAACUCUUUAGCUGGAGAGCAUUUAUUUUACAAACCCUUACACAUAAAUCUAGCGUAUGAAAAUAAAUAUCCUCAUGAGAUUCAACUGUAAAGACUUGACCUGCUACUUAAGAUACUCGCAAAACAAACUACACAGAUAUGUAUGUUCGCUCAAAAUGUUGAAUGAUAAUUCAUCCACCGUCUAACCUGUAAAUAAUUGCAAUGUGUUAUUUUACCACAUAGUUUUAACUGAUUUUGUUAGUUUUAGGUUAGUUGUAAACACUAUUGUGUCUUCCCUCGACUUUUAUUUAACUUUUGUGUCUGCCAAAAUACUCGUUCUCGAUCACCCAAGUGUUAACUUUUAUAGUCUUCACCAAAAUAAUUUAACCUGCUCAACUUAAAUGCAUCUACAAUACUCGUGCGAAAAUUGAAUACUCAUGUGGCUCUUAAUUUUUAAUGCAAAAACUUUUUGGUUGUGUAUAAUAUAUUUUUGAUUAACGAUUCUGAUAGUCGCAAUUUCUAGAGAUUGCAUUCCAUUUUAUAGACAGGAAUAUAAUAUACUCUAUGCAUAUACUGAUAUUAAUAUUGUACUCCCUUACAAAAUAAACUUGUAGAAAAUCAGCUUCACAACUGGAAGCAUUGAUAUUCCGCCAUAAUCGCUCGGCAUUGCUUUUGUGUGGAUAUUGUUGGAUAAGCAAAUAAAAUAUAUGUAAACUUAAUUAACCCCUACUAAAAGUU